AUGAAGGUUACUGCAUGGAAUAUUAGGGGCUUUCACAAGCCCCUAAAGAAUGGGGGAGUGCAACACCUCCUCCAACAGAGAGAUAUCCAAAUUAUGGCUUUAAUGGAGACAAAGCUCAAUGAAGAUUCUUUAAGUCCCAUAUUACAACGAAGGUUUGCAGGUAUGGGUUAUGCGCAUAAUUUUGAUUUGUCUAACCAUGGUAGGAUACUUCUUCUUUGGGACAUGCACAAGGUAGAUGUGGAUAUAAUCUUGACCACCGAACAAUAUAUACAUUGCCGCGUGUGUUGUCGUAUCUCUAGCAGGAGAUUCUUGGUGACCUUUGUUUAUGGUCUUCACUCUAUUGUCACAAGAAGGCCAUUGUGGGAAGCUCUUUCUGAUCUUGGGGAUAGUAUUUCUGAAGCAUGGAUGAUCAUGGGGGAUUUCAACUCAUUCCUAUCAAUACAUGAAAAACAAGGUGGUUCUCCGGUUACAAACCACGAAAUGAGAGACAUGCAGAUUUUUGCUCAAGUUUGUGGUUUAGUGGAUCUUCGGUCUAUUGGAUGUCACCUUACAUGGUCAAAUGGUAAUGUCUCUUCCAAGGACUGCGCCCCAAAUAGACCAUUCAAAUUCCUUAACAUGUGGACAUUGCAUAAGGAUUUCUUGAAGGUUGUGGGGGAUUCAUGGGCAGCUCCGGUGAUAGGCAAUGCACAAUUCAUCCUAAAGACAAAGUUGUUUCGAUUGAAGAAAUGCUUGAGGGAGUUAAACAAAAAUCAUUUUGGUCACAUUUCGAAGAAAGCUAGGAGAGCAAAAGAUGAGCUUGUGGAGAUACAAAAGGAUAUUCUUGAUGGUGGUCCAAUUCCCUCAGAUUACAGCCAUGUGAGAAAGAAAACUACUCUACUUAUGGAGGCAGAAAGACAAUUUUAUCAACAAAGGGCAAAGAACGUUUAUUUGAGGAGUUCGGACAAGUGCACAAAGUUUUGUCAUGAUGUGGUAAAGAGAAACAAUAAGAGAAAUGCUAUCAUUAUGCUCAAGAAAAGGGAUCGGGAACAAACCACAAGCUUAGGUGAAGUUUCAUAG